UGUGAGGGUCGAGCCGCCUCCACAGCGGGAGGGGACCGGAGCCCCGGUGGCCCUCGCCGCCUUCCCCGGCGCGGCUCCCCGCUCUCCCUUUAAGGCUUUGGGAAACUUUUCUCCCCACCGUGCCGCCACGCUCCGUUAGCGGGGCUACGGGCUGGGCUGAGCCGAGCCGGGAAGUUUCUCCCGCGGGCGCCGGCCCGGAGCAACUUUCCCGCACGGUCCCCGGGCAGCCGGAGCGGCCGGGGCCCCGGCCGCUCCGGCUGCCCGGGGGCCGUACGGGAGAAACGCGAGGAGGAGCUCGCUUCGGGGGAGGGGGAGAUGAAGCCGGGGCGUGGGGAAGCCGCUCCCUUCUUCUUCCUCCUCCUCCUCCUCCUCCUCCCCCCGCCCCUGGCUGCUCCAGUCUGGCAGCCAGGCGGCCGCUGCCUCUGGCCGGAGCCGCUGCAGUUGGAAAGCGCCCGCCGGCCCCCGCGCUGCCGCCGGGAUGGGGACGCCGCUGGCGGCUCCCGGCCUCCUGCUCCUCCUGGCCGGCACCGCGGGGCUCUGCCGGGCUUUCUUCUCCGUCCCGCUCCGUGUGUCCCAUCCGGUCGCCCCCGGCGGGUCGCCGCCCGCCCCGGUGGUGUUGCGGCCGGCCAGCGGCAGCCGGCAGCAGGAUCCCCUGGGUGGCGCGGACGGCUUGGCCUUGGCCUCGGAUCCCGGGGGCACCCUCAACUUUUUAGCCAUGGUGGAGAAUCUUCAGGGGGACUCCGGCCGCGGCUACUACCUGGAGAUGCUGAUCGGGACCCCGCCGCAGGCGUUAAAUAUUCUGGUUGACACUGGGAGCAGUAAUUUUGCUGUAGCAGGUGUGCCUGAUCCUGAUGUCACCUCCUACUUCAAUACCAAGCUGUCAAGUACAUACAAAUCGCAAGGGAUUGAUGUCACAGUUAAGUACAGUCAAGGAAGCUGGACUGGAGUGCUGGGUACAGAUGUCAUUACUAUCCCAAAAGGAAUCUAUGGCAGCUACACCAUCAACAUUGCUACCAUUCUUGAAUCGGAGAAUUUCUUCUUACCAGGGGUUAAAUGGCAUGGGAUUCUUGGUCUUGCCUAUGAUGCCUUAGCCAAGCCUUCAAGUUCUGUGGAGACAUUCUUUGAUUCUCUCGUGAGGCAGGCAAAGAUCCCCAACAUUUUCUCCUUGCAGAUGUGUGGCGCUGGACUGCCCGUCUCUGGAAGUGGUACCAACGGAGGUAGUCUUGUUCUGGGUGGAAUUGAACCAAGUCUGUACAAGGGUGAUAUUUGGUACACACCGAUCAAAGAAGAGUGGUAUUACCAGGUUGAAAUUCUCAAACUGGAGGUCGGAGGACAGAACCUCCAAUUGGACUGCAGAGAGUAUAAUGCUGAUAAAGCGAUAGUAGACAGUGGAACCACGCUCCUCCGACUGCCCCAGAAAGUCUUCAGUGUUGUUGUGCAAGCAAUAGCUCGCACGUCCCUGAUACAAGAAUUCUCUUCUGGUUUCUGGACUGGUUCACAGCUUGCAUGCUGGGAUAAAACUGAAAGACCCUGGUCCUUAUUUCCCAAACUCUCCAUUUACCUGAGGGAUGAAAACUCCAGUAGGUCGUUUCGGAUCUCUAUCCUACCACAGCUUUAUAUUCAACCCAUUCUUGGAAUAGGAGAGAAUUUACAGUGCUACCGAUUCGGCAUCUCUUCCUCCACAAAUGCUCUAGUUAUUGGUGCUACAGUCAUGGAAGGUUUCUAUGUAAUAUUUGACAGAGCCCAGAGGAGAGUGGGCUUUGCAGUGAGUCCGUGUGCAGAAGUUGAUGGCUCUCCAGUAUCUGAGAUUGAAGGCCCUUUCACAACAGCAGAUGUUGCGAGCAACUGUGUUUCUAGUGUUUCUUUCCAUGAACCAGUGUUGUGGAUUGCCUCCUAUGCUCUCAUGAGCCUGUGUGCAAUUAUCCUCCUUGUACUGAUCAUCCUGCUGCUUAUUCCACCACGGUGUCAGCAUCGUUACACCGACAAUGACGUGGUCAAUGACGAAUCCUCCUUAGUGCGUCAUCGAUGGAAAUGAGAAACUUGAUCCUGAAACCUGGGACUUAAACAGAAUGAAGAACAAAGUACUUUGCCAAGGGGAAGAAGCCAAUGCCUCAGUCCUUUCUACAUUCCUUACAAAUUGCUGUUGAAAUCCCGCCAAAUAUCCUGCAUCAUAACUUUUUAAGCUUUAUUUUCUAACACUGAUUCUGAACCAAAGCACUGUUAACCACCUCUUAAGUGCUACGGUAAUGGAUUUGCUACUGCAGUACAAUGAGCCUUUAUGCUCUCAAUAGUACCUUCUUUUAAAAAAAAAAAAAGAAAAAAAAAAACAACAAAAAACAAAACACACCAUGAUGUUCUUCCACUGUCUGAACAAAAGUGUCCAUCCCUCUUUCACAAAAAAAGAAGCUGUCAGUAUUUUCUAACUAAUCGAGCCCUGACUGUAGAAAAAGAGAAAAAACUUAAUAAUCUUUCUUAUUAUUUUCAUUAAAUGAAUACUGCUUUCUGUUUACAUCAAUUCAUUUUGAAACUGUGCUUAUGGUGUGGGGGAGGGAGAAAGGUCAGACUUAAGCAGCAGAGAAAAGCAAGUGAGGUCAAGAAGAAAUGUUGGUUUAUGAGGUUUUUUCCUCAAGAUCACUGCUGCCACUUGAGAGGGUCGCCAUUCCUGAGUGUUGUUACAAAAUAGUUGAGGAGGUGAAAACUGAGAAACAAACUUGUUCAGCCUUAGUGUAAAACAAGACUACCUCUCUUAAUUUACAAGGAUGCUACUGCUGGUAAGUGUGUGGUUUAGAACUGGUCUUGAAGCACAAGACACUCCAUACAACCAAAUACAACUCCUUGGCUUCAAAGUAGUGGAUUUUAUAAAAAUGAAUACUUCAUGACUUUCCACUUCAGUGCAUCAAAAAAAGCCUUUCAGUUUCCCCCCUAAUGUGGGGGUUUGUGGUGUUUGUUGGGUUUUUUUGAGUUGAGGAUGACUGAUAUUUAGAAAAGGCUGGUCUGCAUAUGCAUGGACAGAUGAUAAAGCUAAGGUCUGUGUUCUGCCGUGUCUUUUGGUAUUUCUAGUGAGCGUGUAACAAAAAGGAAACAACAAAAUAAGAAAGACAACCUUUUUUUUUUUUUGGCUGAGCUCAGCAACCUAGAAGUUCAAGGGAAAAAUAUCUGUCUUCAUGCACAGACUGUGAAGUGAAAGUCUUAAUGCUGGCUUGUUUUUCAACUGCAGUUGGAGGUGUUUAGUUUAGCUUCACUGGUGUGUCAAUCAAAUGAAAAGUGUGUGUACUGACCGGCUGAAAACAAAUAUGUGGUAAGAUUGAAAACAAUAGUGGGAGAGAGCAGGGAAGAAUAUAUUUGACCAGACCUCCAUUACGCAAGCGCAGAUCUUAAUGCUGAGGACAGAACAUGGUAUUUUCUUUGCAGAUAAGACAAUUUUUCUUGUAUCUAGUCAGUGAGCGUUGCAGGACCUCCAUCGCUUUUCUGUAACACUGGCGUAGUGGGCUUGAAAGAUAAACAAUGCAAGGUUGAGGAGUCCAGUGAUAACUGUUAGUUAUCUGGGUUUUCUUCUAAAAAAAAAAAAAAAAGAAAAAAAAAAUCCUUUGCAUUUUGAUAGCAGAACGGUUUGCAUGCCUGUGUGGGAAACAAGGAGAAAAAAAAGGAAGCUUAGCUCUGAAUCUCCCAAUCCCUUGCCUAGAAAAUUUUCUGCCUAUAAUCCCUUCAUAUAGCUUUCUGAUUCACACUGCCUCUGCAUUUGACUCUGCAUGGAAUAAGCAAAGAUUUCUCUUUCAGGAAUGGUGCUUUUACAGAGGUGCACGUAAUGUGUGUGAAAAUAAAGCACUGUUGUUUUUUUUAAACAAACUUGUGUAUUUCACUUCAUAACUGGAAGUGCUUGUGGUUUUCUUUCCUUUUUAACUCUUGCACUUUCAGAUUGCUUGGCUGAAUAGAGUAAAAUAAUUGGUGUUGUGAUCCAACGUCUGAAAAUUAUUUCUCUUGGAAUUAGGAGUUGGAAAUAGGAAAUUUUGAGUUUGCCUCCUUCUUCCUCUGCCUCUUAGUUUUUAAGAGGAGAAAAAUGAUGAAUUAUAAAGAAUGUAAGAAACUAUAGAGCUUAGGUGUUUUCUCCAUAUUCUAUUAUCCAUACAUCUCUUUCUUAAUGUCUUAUAAUUAGAAUUUUUAGUACACGUUAUAACAAGAAGUUGUUCCCUUGAGUUUUUCUUAAAGCAAUAUACUUUGCUCUGAAAAGUUAGUGUGAUGUUUCCAAUUCUGUGAUUUGGUUCCAUAUCAUCCUCCUGGGUUUUGUUUUACACCGAACAAAUAAUUUCAGAGUUGUAUUCCUUCUUCUACAGUAUGGUAAUAUAAGUAAUGCUUCUGUCACCUGUUUCAAACAGAAACACCAUGUGAAUGUUUGGAUUGAUACAGUGGUAAACAAUGAGCCCUUUUUCCAAUUCAGAAAGUAAUAAUGCUUGUACGCUCUUAAAAUGUUUCUUAGCUGCUUCCCUCUCCCCAGCCCCUCCUAUCUCCUUACCACAAAGAGUUUUAGGAAGGAAUUUAUUGGGAAAGGUUCCUAGUGUGCUUUGUAAAGACAAGUGAGAUUUCUUCUGAGUUGCUUAAUGAAGUCUUUUUAGUGCGCUAGAUUUCAUAUAAAAGCCUUUCAGUUUUACCCUUUCACUUUGAAUGUCAUUGGUCAAGACAUUUUAAUAGAAACACUUGAAUUAUAGGAGCAAUAAUCAAGUAGCACAAAUGAAAUAGUAAUAUAUUCUUGAGUUUUUGUGGCAUCCUUUGCCACUAAAAUUUGGCUUAUUGUAAAAAUGCUGUUAGCGACAUCUGCUAGCAGCACAAACUUCAUCUCAGCUUGUAAAUUGAUACUUACACUGGCAGAUAUUCAGGUGAGUAUUGCUUUGUUGCUCUGGCAACGAGAAGAGCAAUAGAAACCCUUGAGGGUUCAUUUUUAGCCUACAGCACAUUAAGAAAAAUAAUGCUCUUGAGCAUUUUUCUAUGAAAGAUGAAAUACAGUGACAGACUACAGUGUAACCAAGUGUGUCUUACUGGUGAUCUCUUUCCCUGCUUUUUUUUUUUUUUCUUUUAAAGGAGAGUGCUGUGAGGUAUUUUAUGCUCCUGUUAACUAACUUCAGAGAGAAGAUUAAACCAUAGCUUAAAAAAAGGGUGAAAAAACAAAGCUUUGAGUAAAGACGGUGCUGGAAAAUAUUCUCUAUUUAUUAUGGAAGACAGGAUGCUCCAAAUCGCAGCACUGCAAAGCAUUCCUACACAUAUCAAUAUUUCUUGCAGAACCAGUGUUCUAAUGUGAAUGUAGUAUCAUGUACCAUGAAAAUGUCAGAAAGCCAUGUUUCAUUGGAUGCGGCCUUUUAGAUAAUUGAUGCUAUCAGUGCAAUCAUUAGGGAUCUGAAGAUGUGUGAUUUGAGCUCAAGUAGUUAAACCUGAGUUCAGGCAUGGGAAUAUGUUAGUUCUAUCCCACUGCCUUCACAAGUUUUAGAAAUAUUAUCAUGGGCUUUUUGGCUCAAUUUAAACACUGAAGAAAAUAGGUGAGGAAUUUUAAUAAGCCUUUUAUUCAGGUUCUGUAAAAGAAGUUAGGUAGAGGGGAUUGUUCUGGUUUUAAGGUGAAAGAGCUUGUAUUUAGGAUUUGUAUGUUGGAUCAACCUAAAUGCAAUAUAUCAAGGCAGUGUACCAUUCCAGUUCGCAGUUUUGAUGCUGUACAGGUUAACUAGUGGUAAUCACAGAGCUAUCAGUUUUGGUAUCUCUUGUUAACAUAUCAGUUGCUUAACAACAGUCAACUCUUCAUCAGCUAAAGUCAACUUAUGGGUAUUCUACCCAGUUAUUUGCUGCGUAUCAACUCGCUAUGUUUCACUGAAGGAUGAGCCAUUUGUAUACUAACCUUUUCCUUUUAAAUAUGAAAAGGUUUAUGAGACUUGCUUAACACAGCAUGUUUUCAGAGAGAGAGUGGUCCUUAAAUUUUCUGAUAUUCCAGAAUGAUUGUGCUACUGAAAGCUUCUUUGAUUUCUGUAGACGUUUCCAACAACUAGGUUGGUUAGUUGUCAUAACCUGAUCUCAGACGUGAGCCUCAUAUAUAUAUAUAUAAGUAGUAAUAUGAGCUGAGUAAUGAGGGGGGCUGGUACAAUGACCUAUGGAGGUGAAAGUAAAGGAAAUUAUGGAAAGAGAAAUAAGUAAGCUACCCUUAACUUCACUUCAUUAAAAAUUUUAAGAGCAUAACGGAUUGAUCCUUUUAAGAAAGGUCUGUACAAUUUACCAAGACAUUAGUUCCUGUCAAACUUGACGCUCUGAUUGAUAAAUUGUUCAUUUCUGGCUGAUGAAGUUCUUGCUGCUGUUCAGAGAAGUGAAAAGAGAUUGGUAAUGGGAUAAGAGCAAUCUUCUGAGCCAGUCAGAUUUUCUGGCUUCUGGGGCCUAAUUAGAUGUUAGGCCAGGCUUGUGAGUAAUCCAGAGUCCUGGUAAUGGCUCCUCAGGAACAUUAUCUGAAAUAUAAUUGUUGGCUUCAGCCGAACCCCUGGAUGAGAUGGAUCCAUACCGCAAAAGCCACUGCUACGACUUGCACUAACUGACAGAGGGGCUAUGGUGAGCUGAAGCUGGCUGGUGGUGUGAAAUGUGGAGAUGCUAAAUAAUUGAGUCUUCUACCAGGCUUCCAAAUCAAGGCUGAGGCUCCUUGCUUAAGCAGAACAGGAUAGCAACUGCAGUUGCUGACAAGCUGCUGUAAGUGUAACAUCAUUAGUUACCUGGCUUCUUUGGUACGGGUUCACUUGUCUGAAUGUUUUGAAAGCCAGUGUACUCUAAGGUGCCUGUUGCUGCUACUGGGAAUCAUCCACUCACAGGUGAAUAAGGGGCACGAUCAUCUUUAAGUAGAAUCAUUGGCCAGUUACUGAAUAUUCCCCACGCCAUACAACAAAGCUCAUAGUGAUAUGUCUCACCCCUAGCAAUAGUCUGUUUGUAAGCAACAAAACAGAUUAUUUUAAAACAUGUUGACAUCUCUGACUGUACAGUAGUAAUAUAAGAAUGUUUUGUGUUUGCUUUUUUUCCCCCCUUUUCAUUGUAUCUAGGCUUUGGCUGGAUCUUUGUAGUCUGGUAGUUUUUGAAAUACUGGGAAUUUUAGAAUAGACUACAAAGGCACAUACAGAAUUUUUUUUCAGCUAGCCAAAAAGUAAAAUGCAGAAGGUAAUUUUCAGCAUUUAAAAGGAAUUAGCCCUUAAUAAGUGUUCUUUUUUUUUUAACUGAUGAUAAUCACUUAAAAUCAAUGUAUUUUAGUAUAGCUGCUGUCCUACUAACUCACUGGCUGUAAAUCUUCUGAUUUUUCUGAUUGUCUUCUGGCCCUCUCAUUCCCCCCGCAAAGAUAGUUCCUAAAAGCUGAAGACCUCUGUAUCUGAAAUUCAGCCUUCUAACAAAAGAUAUGUUUUUCUCGGUGACCAUUCACAGACCUGUCUUAAAGUAGUCUGUAAGGCUUUAGAAAUUAACUCUAGGUUGAAAACACUUGCAUUCGUAUUAGGAGAAGUAGACGCAAAACUUCAUCUGCGUCAGUGGUCCCUGAAUUUGUCUGUGUGCAAAGAACUCCUCUGUGCAUUUUACUAUGUUUCCUAGACCUCUUUCACUUCCCACUUGGAAAUAAAUACUUAACCGCUUGGUCUUCCUCACUGGUCCUGUACAUUCUCCUUUUUCUCUGUCCUUACGAAAUAGAGGGGUGGAGAGGAGGACCACAAGGAGCUGUAAGGGUUAGUGCCAUUCCUUAAGCAGAUGACAGCCCCUUCCUUGAAGGCCUUGCCAUUUUUUUGUCCUACCACCAGCUGUAGUGGACCUUUACUGUCUGACUGAGACACUUCUGCUUUUUUCAGUUGAGCAACUCGGCCUGCUCUGAUUUUACAGCUAUGUGUACUUAGGCAAAAUACUUGAAUAAACUACAUGGUUUGUAACCAUCUUCUCAUCACAUCCCUCUUUAAAGAGGGAAUUUUCACAGAGCUAUGUCAAAUCUGUGAAGGGUAUGUUUAUUCCUGUGUUGUUAGAGAGGAAUUACAUAGCUGGAUGUUUAAAUGGCCGUCUUUGCAAUAUAGCUGUCCCUUGGAAAAUUCUGGGUGGAAAAAAUGGACUCAGGAAAGUCAUGUUGAAGUGGUACUGAAAAGACAACUGACAAUUUCUUGAUAGCACCAAGGCAUGGAUUACUGCAAUAUGUCCUGGAAAAAAUUGCUUUGCUAGCCAAUACUAUGUGUGUGCAUAAACUGUACAAGGUCGAGUGUUUAAAUAAGAUUUAUCUGAAACAGGCAGUUCACAUUUUUUAUUGAAAAUUUUGUAUGGAGAUGCAGAAAUCUUUUAAGAUUUUAACACUACAUCAGCUGUUACUUGAUAGUUAUUUAGGAAGCGUGGAAAGGAUUUCACCUUUAAGGUAAUGAUUCCAUCUUGUAGAGGCAUUUCUUCACCUGAUUUUUUUUUAAUAGACAAAGUUUUUAACAUUGACCGAAAGGAAAAUGGGAUCAAAACUUUGAAAAAAGGGGUAUAGUCUUUUUAAUUCCGUCUUCAGGUGAUGUUAGGAUGUCUAUCCCACUUACUUACUGUCAAGCCUCAUUACUGAAUUUUCAAAAAAUUUAUACUUUGUACUUUCAGGUCUUGCCAUUUUCAGAUAAACAGUAUGUAAAAAAUCAAAUUUUAUGCUGCUUAAAAUAAAUGAUUAAGUCUUUCAACCUA